UCUCCCUCCGCUUCUCCUACCUGGCCCUAUCGUCUCCGCGAUCGCACGCCCGGACCCCAAACCCGGACGAGACCCAAAAAGGGCAAGCAGAGAAUUUUCUGCCCGAACGAGCGAGCGAGCGAGCGAGAGCGUCCGUUCGAUGGUGGUUGUGGUGGCGAAGGAGGAGGAGGGGGAGGAGGGGAAGGAGGGGCGCGGCGGCGUGGCGUGGGGGACGUGGGAGGAGCUGGUGCUGGGCGGCGCCGUAAUCCGCCACGGGGCCGCCGCGUGGGACACCGUCGCCGCCGAGCUGCGCUGCCGCUCCCCGCACCGCUUCUCGCCCGAGGAAUGUGAAGCAAAAUUUUCAGAGAUACAAGCACGCUACUCUGCAUGCAAGGGCGAUGCUUGGUUUGACGAACUUCGCAAACAGAGAAUUGCUGAAUUGAAACGGGAGCUUCAGAAGUCAGAAAGUCUUAUUGGAUCCUUGCAGUCUGUGAUUGAAAGCCUUAGCAAUAGCAAACAUGAGGAUGUCAACUCUGGAUGCCACACUGAAUCAUGUUCACCGGCUGAAAUUGCAGCUGAUACUAACUCCUCAAGCAAAGAAUUGUCCAAAGAUAGAUCAUCCGCUGCUAGCUUCACUGAAGAAGCAAGCAACAGUCAGAAAUCUCAGAAAGUUCAAAAUACAUCAGCCGAGACAUUGUUAGAGCCCCAUGUUGAAAAGGGCUGUACAGAAGGUGGUUUGCUUUGGGGCUCUAGAAAGAAAAGGGGUUUGAGGGAUAAAAAGGUUAUUCUGAUGGCUGAUGAUAGUAGCAGAGAGGGUGAGAAUACAUCUACAUCAUGCAUACAGAUAGAGGGUUCCUCUGAGGGCCGGAUGAAUGACUCAAAAACUUCAAAGAUAGAGCCUAGUGCAUCUGUGCGUGAGACAGCGAAACAAAAGUUGGGAGAGAUUUUGAAUAGUAUAUCUUCUCAAGGUGACUGUUAUAUGUUGCAACACCAAAUUGAUAUCCAGCGGAAGAGGGCUAGAUACAAGAAGAUGAUCCGCCAGCAUAUCGACUUCAGAAUGCUUCAUUCUAAGAUCAAGAGUGGUGCUAUCUCUUCUGCCAAUGAGCUCCUAAAAGACAUGCUCGUGUUCGUGAAUAAUGUCCUUGCUUUUUAUCCAAAGGCUACAUUGGAGCACAUGGCUGCAAUUGAGCUUCGAGGUCUUGUAUGCAAAACAUUGCAACAGAGCUCAAGCAUUACCUCCAUGAAUUCGGGGGAGGCAGGGAUAGCUAGUGACCUUGUAACCAAGAAGACUGCGGCAGGGAUAGCUAGCGACCCAGUAAUCAAGAAGACCGCUGUAGGCAUAGCUGGUGACCCUCUAAUCAAGAAGACUGCAAGAGGGAUAGCUGGUGACCCUGUAAUCAAGAAGACUGCAGCAGGGAUAACCAGUGGCCCUGUAAUCAAGAAGACUGCAGCAGGGAUAGCCAGUGACCCUGUCAACAAGAAGACUGCGGCAGGGAUAUCCAGUGACCCUGUCAACAAGAAACCUGCGGCAGGGGUAACCAGUGACCCUGUGAUCAAGAAGACUGCGACAGGGGUAACCAGUUCCCCUGUGAUCAAGAAGACUGUGACAGGGGUACCUAGUGCCCCUGUGAUCAAGAAGACUGCGACAGGGGUGGCCAGUGCCCCUGUGAUCAAGAAGAUUGCUCGAACCAUGCCGCCCGUACGGCAUGUGCCUCGUGAUGCAAAGAGAAGCAAGGUUCCUGCAAAGGAGGCUGGAAGUACAGCCAGUCAGGGCGAGGCCAAGGACCUCCCUGGCGAUGCAGCACCAUCAGCUAAUGAAAAAUCUACUGGGAGAAGUCCGCCAGCCAAGAAGCGAGGCGUCGGGCGGCCUCCAAAGAGCGGGCAGAAGCGUGCUGCGCCGCAGAGCCAGCAAGACAGCCCUAACAAAGGAAGGAAGAGGACCCGGCGGUGAAGGUAAAAAGCCUUGAAUAGGCAGAAGCGUGUCGUUUUUUGGUGCACAGCCUGUAAAAGGAGGCCAUAGACUAGCUCCAUCCAGUGUUUGUACCUGUCGAAGACUAGGUGAAAGGAGUUAGGAUGUUGUAAGACUAAGGGCAAGGAGUUGCAAUUUUUCCUGGUGUUUUUCCAUGCACAGCUAGAUGAACUAGUAUCUUCAUUUUUCCUACAGAGAUGUAAUCGAUGUUAUAGGCCAUAUGUGUCUGUC